AUGGACAGCUUCCUCUUCUUGGCCUCUGUCGUCAUUCACGGCCUGGGUGCAGUAUUACAAUCUUUAUUACCAAAGCACAAACUAGGCUCCCAACGGAGCUACCUCAGAAUCGGAGCACUUGCGGCGUACGAGCUAGUAUCCUGUGUUAGCUGGGCUAUCUUAUUGAUCCGGGCGCCAGCCCUCGAUUGGGUUUCAAUUACAAUUCCGGCCUUGUAUCUCACAUCCCUUCUCAUCACAAUUGGCACACCCAGAGCCUCAUCUUUGGCUGAAGCUCAGAGCCAUCCCUUCUCAGGCGCUCCAUUUCUCCCAACAUUCACUCUUUCAUGGCUCGAUCCAGUUCUCGAAUUGGCCGCUUCUCGUCCUCUUUCAGCCGAUGACACCUGGCCAGUUGAUAGCAAAAUGUCUAUGAAGGGGACUCAAAGGCAGCCAGUCUCUCAGUCGUCUACACUGCGUCAUGAUGUUUCCAAAGGCCUCGCCUCGGUGCUGUGGCUCAACUUCAAAGCGGGAAUCGUAUCCAGCUUUCUGCUAGCCGUUGUCAAUGUCGCCACCGCUCUCGUGCAGCCCUUCAUUCUGCAGUCCUUGAUCGAGAAUAACGACGUGUUGUCUGUUACCAGCUUAUUCUUAACAAGUCUCAUGGCUGGAGCGACUGAGGCACAUAUGAAUUUGCAGCUUCGAAAAAUUGGUGUGCAACUUCGAUCCGCUUUAACUAGUCUUCUUUGCGACGAGUGCAUGGCGGCUACUGACCGCAAUGAAUCCGGUGCAGACCCGGCCGUUCUCAUCGAGGUCGACUGUGGUAAGGUAUUUGAUCUGGUUGAGCAAUAUCACCUCAUUUGGAUGGUGUCUGUUCAGUCUGCUAUUAGUCUGGCUGCUCUCAUGCUACUUCUGGGUUGGCAAAGCGUCUUAGCUGGAGCCAUCUCUCCGUUCGUGAUGAUGCCACUGUUAGGCUACACCACCAGCCGCAUCUCGCAACGGAUGACCGACUUUAUCGAGGCCAAGGACGCAAGGGUCGGACUGAUCACCCAGGUUAUCAAGCAGAUCAAACAGAUCAAGCUGGAUGCGUUGGCAUAUUUGUUCGAGCGCAAGAUUGAUGACCGGCGUGCGACAGAACUCGAGAAAUACAAGGCCAUUGCAAAACUCAAUGCGUUUAUGGUAUUUCUUGUCUACAUCCUUCCGCCGGCCUUGAUAUCGGUGACGUUUGGGACAUCCAUCCUCCUCGGCCAUUCCCUGCCCAGCAGUGUGGUUUUCCCUGCGCUGGCUUUUUGCUUCAAUAUUACGAGGUCGGUAUCCCUUCUGCCGCGGCUCGUGAUGCUUUACCACGGCGGGCGUAUCUCGUUCGGUCGCAUCCAAGCCUUUCUAUUGGCGACCAAAGAUGAGAAGAACAUAGCCUCUCACAACGUUUUGUUGAGCCCGAAUGAUAUCCCGGGAACAGGUCCUGUCGGGUUCAGAAUGCGGAACUGCGACAUUGCCUUCCCAGGCGCGACCAAGACCCUCGUCCAGAUAUGCAACAUUGAAGCAUCCUCUGCUUUUCUGUUAGUCAUAUCAGGAUCUGUUGGAUGUGGAAAGACGACUUUGAUCCGAUCCAUCAUCGGAGAGAUCAAACCUCCCUUUGGCGACAUCGAGAUUCAAGGACGUAUAGCCUAUGCACCUCAGAAACCUUUUCUUAUUUCUGGUACGAUAAGGGAUAAUAUCACCUUUGGGCUUCCUUUUGAUGGGCCUUUUUACAACAAGGUCCUCGGUGCUGUCGCGCUCAACUCAGACCUGGGUAGGCUACCUCAUGGAGAUGCGACGAUACUGGGUGGAACUGGUGUCGCUCUGUCUGGAGGACAGAAAGCCCGUAUCGGGCUAGCCAGGGCGAUAUACUGCCGACGCGAAGUGAUUGUUCUAGAUGAUCCUCUUGCAGCGGUUGACGCAAAAGUGCGGUCCCAUCUUAUGAAGAAACUGUUCGGGCCGCGAGGUCUCCUCAAAGAUACCCUUCAAAUCGUUACCACAUCUUCGGACGCCUUGAUGGCUCAAGCGGACAAGUUAUACGUUAUCCAGGAUAGGAUAUUGUCAGAGUCGGCCCCGCCAUCUAGAGCUCAUGAAGAGGACAUUAGCGACUUCCCGGACGAGGAGGUCGAAACUCGACGAGAACGUGACAAGUCUGUAUCGUCAGCUUCGGUCAUCGGCUAUGGAUCGAUAAAGGCAAAUGCUCCAAGCCGAGUCAUGUCCCCUGGGUCGGUAGGUGACGACGAGACAGCGCCUUUAUUAUCAAAAACUCGCUCAACAGCCUCCGCCUCAGACACGACUGAUUCACCAGUGAGACUAGGGACCUAUCUAAGGUUCUUGAAGCUCGCCAAGCCUGGCGGCUGGCUAGUUGUUCUUGUGACGGCCGCUGCCUCCAAGCUAUUGGACAUCUUAGCUGUUUACUUUCUAAAGCUCUCAAGCCAGGAGUUCGAAACUCAAGGACACUCGUUUAAGUUGACUUACUACUCAGUCUGUGCACUAGUUGGCGGUUUCCUAUCGUCGGUAUUUGUGCUUGUUGCUUACUUCCUAUGCAUCAUCCCUUCCUCUCAGUCUAUUCAUGCCGAACUCACUAAGGGCAUUCUAGGAAGCAAGUUUUCGUUCUUCGAGACAGCCAGUCUUGGUGACAUCCUGAAUCGCUUCACUAAUGACAUCAACAAGAUUGACACAGCGGUAAGCGCAGGACUGAUCGGUCUCGUUGCCCUUUGUGUCACAGCCACGGCAUCGAUACUCAUCAUUGUCGCAGCGACCCCUCUAAGUAUUCUGUAUUUAGCUCCCAUCGGUGUUGUCUACUUUGCCAUCCAAGCCUAUUACCUACAUGCGUGUAGGCAACUGAGACGCCUGGAAGUUCUUGCUCGAGGACCCAUUCUCAAUACCGCGACCGAAAUGAGAGUAGGCGCUUCCGUCAUCAGGACAUUCAAUCAGGAGGCUACUUUCAAAGAUAAAGCCAGGGAUGUUAUAGACAACCACAUCCGCGUGUGGGCUCCUUUUGUUGCUUUAGACUCUUGGCUGAUGCUUCGGCUGCAGCUUCUCUCAAGCAUUAUUCAAUUACUUUCCGCCGGUUUGCUCCUCUGGCUUCGUACGCCAGCAAGUACUCUGGGGUUGGUAAUGAACUAUCAGAUUCAAAUCACCUCUCAGUUCAACAACCUGGUCCAAUUGCGCGCCAAUCUCGAGGCAGAUAUUACCUCUGCAGAGAGGGUGUGGGCUUGUGCCGCGGAACAGCCUGAAAACCAACCCGACGACGAGAUUAGACCACCGGCAAGCUGGCCGCAGGGUGCAGCCAUCACUUUCAACUCUUACACUGCCUCAUAUAAACCCAAUGACCAACCCUGUUUGCACGACCUUAACUUCGCCAUCCAACCUGGCGAGCACGUCGCCGUAGUCGGUCGCACCGGUGCAGGCAAGUCGUCCCUCACUCUUGCUUUACUUCGCGCCCUACAUCAUGACGAACGCCUCGGUGGUACCAUUGAACUAGACGGUCUCAAUAUUUCAAACGUUGAUCUCAUAAGCUUGCGAAAGCGUAUCACCAUGAUACCGCAGGAGCCUGCAUUAUUCGGCGGCACGGUUCGAAACAACUUGGACUUGGAAGGAGCACGAACCGACGAACAGUUGUGCGAGGCCCUGGAGCUUUGUCAGAUGAGCCGGAUCUUCAACCUUGAGCCCGACCAAGAGCCUCUGGAGUAUCAAGUCUCAGAUUUUGGCGCCAACUUGUCUGGAGGGCAGAUCCAGAUUCUUGCGCUUGCACGGGCCAUUUUGGAAAAGAAUGACAUCGUGAUCCUGGAUGAAGCUACUGCCGCCAUGGACGCCCCGACAAUGGCGAUUAUCCACCGAGUGAUAAAGCACAGGUUUCGAAAUCACACCGUCAUCACAAUCACUCAUCACAUUGAGUCAGCUCUUGAACAUGAUAAGGUCCUUGUUAUGCAUGACGGCCGUGUGGCCAACUUUGCCACGCCGGGGGAGUUGUUGAAGGACAAGACCUCUAUCCUUUCCCAACUAGUAGCCGAGUCUCGUAGGACGAUGCACAGUUGA